AAAUUGCCAAAUUUAGAGGUGGGGGUAAGGGGAGAGUCGUGAGCCGACAGGGGAAGUGAGAGCCAAUCCAAACACAACACCCAACCCCUUUUGCUGGUCCAACAACUUAGUGUCCAGUUCAGAAGCCGCCACGUCCUCUUUUUGUCCGUUGAUUGACGCUAUAUUUGGAUAGUCGGCUUUAUCCUGGUGAAUUCUCUAGGAGACGAACAAUGGCAAGCAAACCUGCACCAGCAAAGGACAACAUCAUCAAAGAGGAGAAUGACGACAUCUUCAUAGAGGAGCCUAUUAAAGUUAAUAAGUGGGAUGGAUGCGCUGUCAAAAAUUCAUUGGAUGAUGCUGUCAAAUUGGCUCUUCAGAAAAAGUUUGAUUACCAAGAGAAUUACGCCCUAAUGGACGGCAGACUCGCCAUGUGCAGUGUUGCCGUCGGAGUGGCCAUGUUUGCCAUGCUCUGGGAUUUCCUCUACCCUUUCCCUCAGUCUAAGCCUGUUUUGAUCAUCUGUGUGGCGUCGUACUUCAUCCUGAUGGGUCUGUUGACUCUUUAUACAACUUUCAAAGAAAAGGGCAUCUUCGUCAAGGCCACCCAGAAAGAUCCUGCUGGUUUCAAGCCUGACAACAUGUGGGAGGCCAGCUCGUACAUCAAGAAGUAUGAUGACAAAUAUCUGCUGGUGCUGACCUGCACUGAUGGAAGGACCAACAAUGUCUCCGAGGCUUCUUUGACAAAGUCUGUGGCAUGCUUCUUCGACUCAAAUGGUGAACUGCUGCAGGACUUGGUUGAUGCAGAAGUCGUCAAGGUUCACAAUCAAGCUCUCGCAGGUUUGAAGCACGACUAGGUUCCACUUUGUAAGUUAAGUGUUUUUGGAUUAAAAUAUAUAAUAAUAAGUAAAAAAACAAUAAAGCUAAAAUUGUCGCUGUUAUUGUAACAAUAUUUU